AGCUCUACCCUGAAGAAACUGCAAGCAAUGAGUCACGUUGAACUAUUCUUAUUUCGUCUAUACGUUUAAUCCUAAGUUCGACGAUAAUCACGGCCUAAGACAAUAUGAGUGUAAAAGAAAAGUCCAACUCGGCCGAAGCCGAAACCGGGACUUCCACCCCGACCAAUGGAGAUCUCUACGCCAACUCCGAGAAGGAAGAAAGAGGCAGCGACCAGGAGGUAGCUACUGUAGGCGAGUAUCCUCACGGUUUGACGCUUUACCUCCUCGCCGGCGCGUCUAUAAUGAGUGUGUUCCUGAUUUCCCUAGACCAAACUAUCGUAGCAACGGCAAUCCCCAAAAUCACAGACGAAUUCGGCGGUCUACACGAUGUAUCCUGGUACAGCGCAGCGUAUUUCAUGACCUUCGGCGGUCUCGAAGCAGCGUGGGGCAAGGCGUUUAAAUACUUCAACAUCAAAUGGACAUUCCUCGUCUCAAUCCUCAUCUUCGAAGUCGGUAGCCUGGUCUGCGGUGUUGCGCCGACUUCCAAGGCUCUGAUUGUCGGACGGGUUAUCGCGGGUAUAGGCGGCGCUGGUAUGUGUGUAGGGGGCACGAGUAUCGUGGCCUUUAGCGCGGAGCCGAAAUUUCGUCCUGUGUUGAUGGGAUUCAUUGGCUUGACUUAUGGUCUUGCUUCGGCACUUGGACCGCCGAUUGGUGGCGCGUUUACGGAGAGGGUGACUUGGCGAUGGUGUUUUUACAUCAAUUUACCUGUCGGUGGGGUCACUGCUGCUGUGAUUCUGCGCUUCUUCCAUCUUCCGAGUGCGGCCAAGACACCCGAUGUUAGCCUCAGGGAGAAGCUACUACAUAUCGACCCCAUUGGUAUCGCAUUGGCCAUGGGAGCAAUUGUAUGCUUCAUCCUCGGCCUUCAAAACGCAGGCACCACGCAAGCUUGGAAUAGCAGCCAAGUCGUGGGUCUUCUCGUCGGAUUCGUCGCUAUAGCCGUCGCUUUAUUCUUCUGGGAGAUUUUCGUGGGUGAAUACGCCAUGUUGCUCCCCAGAUUGUUCAAAAAGAGGGCGCUGUGGAGUACAGCCCCCUACCAAUUCUUUUUCAUGGGCGACUUCAACAUGUUGCUUUACUACCUCCCGAUAUACUUCCAAAGUAUCCGCGGCGCAGACCCUAUCAUGUCUGGUGUCGACAAUUUGCCUUUCGUCAUCUCGAUCGGUAUAUUCUGCGUCGUCGGUGGUUUGGUCGUCGCUAAGACUGGCCAUGCGGCGCCAACGAUGUUUAUUGGUGCGGCGGUGGCCACGGUCGGAUGUGGUCUGCUCUACACUUAUGAUAUUGACACCUCGACUGGUAAAUGGAUCGGCUACCAGAUCCUCACUGGUUCUGCUAUGGCUUUCUCCUCGCAGAACGCUCUGAACAUCGUUCAAGCCAACGUAGGUUCUGAGGAUUUGGCGGCUGUCGUUGCCAAUAUUUAUUUCUUCCAAACAGUCGGAGGUGCUUUCAGUACCUCAUCAGCGCAGGCAGCAUUUGUAAAUCAAUUGGUUGCCAAACUCCCCUCUACCGCGCCCACAGUUGAUCCACUUCUAGUGAUCGCGACGGGCGCCACGAAGUUACGGGAAGUAUUUCCUCCCGAGGAGCUUUCUGGAAUUCUUCUUGCAUAUAUGCAUGGAAUCAAAGCGGUUUUCGCCGUUAGUAUUGCCAUGUCCGGUGUCGCAUUCCUGGUAACUGCUCUUAUUCCCUGGAGUAGACUUCCUACACAUGCGAAAGCACCGGAGGACGUCGUUGUUAUGGCUGCGUAGAUCGUGCUGGUGUAGAAGUAUGAACUAGAGAAGUUUUAAUAUUUGGGGGGAUUUUCAACAGCAUUAUUUUUUUAAAUUAUCUUAUCUAUACAUAGAGAUAUAGAUUGCUGCGGAUAGAAUGUUGAGAUGGUCAUACUUUUGGGUCUCAUUGUUGUCGUAUCACCCAUAGAAGGCUCAUACACUCGACGGGCCAAGCAAAAUUGUAUUGGCAUUUAUCAUUUCUAUAGUCCACAUCAUUAUUAAUAAUCAUUUAAAA